AUGCUGUUCAUCCAUUUUAAGGUUUUAUUUGUUGAACCAGUGGUGUCUACGGCGAGUGUAAAGGAAGUCUCUCAGCCUUUUUGUAUAAACGGUCUACCAUCAACGCGCUGCACAACAGCUGACGAUCAGGUUCAGGAACAGAAGCCUCCGCUGGUCCAGGGCGAAGAAGAAACUUCAUCAGUUGAGGAUGAAGAAGAAUUCUUCACCGGCCAAGAACGACGAAAAAGCCUCCAAGAUCAAGUCCAGAAAGAUGGAAAAAGUCUUCGCCACGAGGCCACAGAAGUUAGCCAUGCCUGA